CGCGCGGCUCCGGACGCACCUGGGCAGUACGCGCAGAGCGUCGGUGAGCCGCGUGCAGCCUCCCGGUGCUGAGUCCCGCGCGCGCACUCACGCCUCACGCCGCUGCCUGUGUGAUGGAUGGAGGCUCCACGCGGGCUCGUGGUCGUGUUUGAACAUGUGAACAGACUUUUGUGCAGGCUCCGGGCUGGGGGGGUCAGCUGAGUCCCGCAGCACCUGCGGGGAGAACUUACGGAGGAGCGGCUCGGGGACGGAUGGACGGGCGCGCGCGGAUCUGUUCUGCGAGACUGGAGGUGUGAGGACCCAGAUCUCCCUCCACAGAUGCUGUGAAGGCCUCUUGUUGCAUUGUGCAGGACAGAGUCCUCCGGCAGAGCUGCAGGGAUGUACCAGGAGGUGGCCUUCCUGGCAGGGAGUAAAGAGCAGCAGUUCACCACCUUCCACUUCAACCGUGUGGAGAAUCCACAAGAAGUUACCUCCAAAAAAGGUUUGUUCUACAAGCGAGCCCAGCUCCUUCUCCACCAGCAGGAUGGAGGAGAUAUGGGCUUGGCUGACAGAGCAGCCAUCAUCAAUGUGGGGGGUAUCAAGUACCACAUCCCCUGGUCCACUCUGGAUGAGUUCCCCUUGACCCGACUGGGCAAGCUGCACAGCUGCAGUAACGAGGCAGAGAUCAUGGACGUGUGCGACGACUACGAUGGCAGCCGCAACGAGUAUUUCUUUGACAGAAGCCCAUCUGCCUUUCGCAUCAUCGUGACUUUUCUGGCAGCAGGGAAGCUGAGGCUCCUGAGGGAGAUGUGCGCCCUGUCCUUCCAGGAGGAGCUGCUCUACUGGGGCGUGGAGGAGAACAACCUGGAGUGGUGCUGCCUCCGGAAGCUGCGCCUCAGGCAGGAGGAGUACAAAGAGCAGCUGAGGCUGGAGGAGGAGGAGGCCGAGCUCACCUUACCACAGUCCUGCGAGGAGAGCCAGCAGCCUCCGGGGGGGCCGGAGGAGACCUUCACAGGGGGCUGCAUGAGGAGGCUGAGGGACAUGGUGGAGAACCCCCACUCUGGGCUACCAGGAAAAAUCUUUGCCUGCCUGUCCGUGUUGUUUGUAGCCAUCACUGCCGUGACGCUGUGUGUCAGCACCAUGCCUGAUCUCAGAGAGGAGGAGGAGAGGGGGGAGUGCUCCCAGAGGUGCUACAACAUCUUUGUUCUGGAGACGGUCUGCGUGGCCUGGUUCUCUCUGGAGUUCCUGCUGCGCUUCAUUCAGACUCAGAGCAAGUGCAUGUUCCUGCGAACGCCUCUGAACGUCAUUGACGUGGUGGCCAUCCUCCCUUACUACAUCACCCUCAUCGUGGACUCUCUGUCUGGAGGGAGGAAGCCCGCGGGCUCAGGGAACAACUACCUGGAGAAGGUGGGCUUGGUGCUCCGAGUUCUGCGAGCGCUACGGAUCUUUUACGUGAUGAGGCUGGCUCGCCACUCUUUGGGUUUGCAGACGCUCGGGCUGACGGUGAGGAGGUGCACGCGUGAGUUUGGGCUGCUGCUGCUGUUCCUCUGUGUGGCCAUGGCGCUUUUCUCUCCUCUGGUGUUCCUCGCUGAGAGCGAAAUGGGAGCCAAGCAGGAAUUCACCAGCAUCCCUGGAAGCUACUGGUGGGCGGUCAUCUCCAUGACCACUGUGGGUUACGGAGACAUGGUUCCCAGGAGCAUCCCCGGCCAGGUGGUGGCGCUCAGCAGCAUCCUGAGUGGCAUCCUCCUCAUGGCCUUCCCUGUCACCUCCAUCUUUCACACCUUCUCUCGCUCCUACGUGGAGCUGAAGGAGGAGCAGAGCCGGGCCCUUCGGCAGAAGCCGGACUCACAGGACAGCACCAAGUCCCAGAACAGCGAGGACUCUCAGGACGACAGCUACCAGGGCAUCACGGAGGCGGCGGCGGCGGCGGCUGCAGUGCAGCGGCGGAAGUCCAUGGCUGCUCAGAGGGCUGCAGAGAUCAGAGAGUCCAUGCAGUCAUAGUCUGGCAGUCCGGGGGGUGGGGGGGACCUCAGACUGUGAACAGAGGUUUUCUUCUCUGCUUUUAACACAGGAAGGGCGGAGCUUUACACUCUAACAAAGAAGCUUCAGGGGUUUUUCCACAGGUAUGACUUUUGUGAAAAACGUAUCAUAUUUAUGAUCAACCACCUUCAGCACAGUCAGCUUAAGAAACAUUUAGGUUUAAAAAAGAGCUUUUCUGUCACACACAAUUGAUUACUGAUCUUUAAGGAUUUGGUUUGAGUUUGAAAUUACAUUGUUGUACAAUUUGGGCUGCAUACUUGCAGAAAACGUCUGAUCCUUCUUUGGUCUCUCAAUGUUGUCAGCAGGGAAAAUCACUUCCUUCCAGAUGAGUUUUCUCCUUAAAUGUCUAAAUCUCCUUCAGUCUCUGAAUAUUUCUUUACUCUAUUACAUCGUCAUUUCUAUAGAAAGAUGAAUUCCUGGUUUGAACAAGCUCCAUCUAUGAAGAUCUAAAGAACAGCGAAGCUAUAGGAGUGACAGGCUUUUGCUUGUUUUGUUAGGUGGCUCACUUUAAAACACUGAAUUUGAAUUUAUUUAUUUAGUAGGGACUGAUAUAAAAAUCUAGACAUACAGCAGAGCAGCAGUCCCUGCCCAUAUCAUCAUGCUUGCAGCAGGAGCUAAUUUGCAGCAUUUGCCCCCAGAUGGGUUUUUUAUACAAUAAAAUAAUGGUGAUAAAACAUAAAAUAAAACAGCUUAUUAUGAAAUUACAUACAAUUGUUUAAAAAUAGAGACUUAUUAAAAAGAAAUUAAAAAUACACCUGAGCAAACCUCACUCAAACAUGUGUGCAACGCUGCUGCUGGUACAGCCAGGACUUUGUUUGUUACCAGGACUUAAUAAAUAAGAAAUAAUGAUGUAAUAAUAAUGUUCGAAUGUGAGUUUCAAAUGCCGGUAUUCCUGAAAUUGCUGAGUAUUCGAUCUGUUUGGAUUCCAGUCAACACACAGUUUAAUACAAAAUCGUUAACAUACUGUAACUUUUGAACCAUUAACACGAUAAUUCCAGUAGAUUGUGAAUGAAAAAAGCAACUGGAGCCGCUUUUCUCCUUCACAAUCUACUGGAAUUAUUGUGUUAAAGGUUCAAAAGUUACAGUACAUCAAGAACAUGAAAAAUGGAGCUCAGGUGUUAAAGGGUUAAUACUGUGUGGUGACUGCCUAAAGCUCAAGUUCACACCAGGCUCAGAAACUCGCGUUCGAUCGACUGCUUCCAUUGAAACGUCGACAUUUUGAGCUUCCAUUAUCAAAAUUCUCUCGUUCACUUGUUGCUACACACAUUUUUCAAUCCAUUUUCAGGCUCUAUGUUCUAAACGCAUGACCAUUGACUAUGCUUUGAGAGUUAAACCAACUGAAUUUUGGCCAAUCAGAUUCGGUAGUGACGUACGGGAAGCUUAUUUUUUAAAACACCAAAAUACUGAAGAAGGAUCACGAAGGAGAAAUGAGUACCCUAAUAGCAGUUUGUGUCUGUCCAGAAUUCUAUGACAGAAGUCUUUCAUAUAUCAGAAUAGAGCUGUGAAAGAAAAAGUCUGGAGCAAGAUUCUCCAGUUUUUCAUCACUUUAACAUUUUGCACCAAACCUCUCCUACCUGUGAGUGCAUGCGCUAAUAUCGGUUAGAACCACCUUACAGGUGUAUCACAUGUCUGGUGUUUACGUUGCAUAACAGAACCCUUUUUGAAUGAUCAUCAUUCAUCACAUGAGCGCUCCUUCAUCCAAUGACAGAGGUGGAACUUUACAGAUCUUUCCUGGAAUUCCUGAUGAAGGAUUUUCUUCAAUCCUUGAUGUCAAACUUUGCCAACACAAACUUAUCUGGCAGCGUUUUCCAUCUAAAGUUAACACAUAAAUAUUUAACACUUGCAGUUGAAGAUUCACCCGUGAAUGGGCCAAAAUAGGAACUUUUUUUUAUUAAAAUCCCAGUAGAGACCUGGAAUGGUUUUCUGACCUGUCACAGGGAAAGACCAUCAAAAUAACUCACAGCGAAUGUUAUGGUGGGUGGGUGGUUGGGUGGUGGCAGACAGCUCGCUGGGGUCUUCAGGUGGGCCCCCAACACUUUUUGUUUUAUGAAGUAAUGCCCACGAUGUCAGGCAGCCUAGGACCCCUCCUCUUUCCAUAAACCAGGGAUACCCCAUCCUGGUCCUGGAGACCUGCCACCAUUCCUGUUUUCCAGUUCUCUCUGUUGGUUGGCUGACUCAGGUCUCUCCUGACUGUCUGAAUACACCUGAUCCAGGUAAUCAGCAGGAAAAACAAUGCGAUCACACAUUAAACAGCAAGCAAAAGCCCCAAUAGGACCUAUUUAACAUGAACCAGCAUGACGAGUGACUAAGAGUUGAAAGAAAAAAACUAUAAAUUGUAUAAAAAGUGAAGGAAAAGACAAAAAUCCUCAGAGAAGAGACACCAGGACCUUCAGGCUCCUCCUUCAGGGUGGACCGAUGAGAAUGGGCCUUUCUCCAUGGCAAAGGAAACAGAAGAGCAAAGCGUUGGAAGAUAAAGUCAGUUAGCAGAGCAACACUAACUUAACUGCUAAACUCUUAUACUGUUAGCUGUCCUCGUCUGGUCUCUUCAGCUCUGUGAACCCCCCCCAUCAGCAUCCUUUCACUUUUCUACUCCAGCCUUCAGCAGUGUCAGCCCUUUUCCUGAGCUCCUGCUUCAGGCUCCUCCCUUUAAUAUCCAACCACUUUAGCAGAAAGAAAGCUGAUUUGAGCACAAAGCUUCUCCAUCCACGCUCCUCUGCUUUCUGUGAAACACACAGGAGUCAGACCAAUAUGUGCAGGUCAUGAGGAACCACUCUAAUCCAUCGACACAGUGGUGCUGGGAGCAGGAAUGAGACAUUUUUCUGUCUGAUCAGGUUCUUAACAUGUCACUCUUGUAGGUAUAGUGAACAUUGAACACUGGAGACUGGAGACUCAACCUUAAACCAGAACGACCCUGUUUGAAGUGUCAGCUUGGUGUCUCCUGAACGAAACUUGGAUCAAUGAAAGUAGGCGGUGCCUGCUGGCCCUCACAUCCAACGUUCAAAAUGUUUGACAGAUUCUGUGUCGCCUGCUUUCAGUGGUAGGGGUGUGGGCUUCCAACAAGCUCCUUCCUGAUUGGUGAGAGUGGUUGUCAUAGAAACAGUGACUCAGACUGAUUGGACCAAUCACUACGUACGGACAAUUUCUGGCUCCAACAUGGCGGCGUUUGUACCACCAAAAAACAACAGUGGAACUGACUUCAUUUGGUUGGAGCCAGAGGUGAGUCAUUUUUUAUGGUGACAUCACAAUCGCUCAGUCCAGUUGUCAGAAACAGUCAAUGGAUGGAACUGAGAAUGAUUUGACAUCAAAUAGGGUUUCAUUUUUUUUCAAAAAGAUUCAGUUUUUGUACCAAAGGUGUUAAAAGGGUUAAAGGUGAUAUAGGACAUCUAUAUGUUUUUAAAAACCGUAGCUUCUGUCAACAUGGAAGGUGAGCCUGUAUACCAGACAAGCUUUCCUUUAGCCAGCAGGGGUGUUUUGUGGCACCAGAAGAGGCGACUGAGAGCUCCAGCAGCCCGAGAUGAUCUGAUCUGAUGGCUAAACAAACCCAAAAUCAUGACACUUACACAACAUCUCAAGUGUGCAAGUUCACAACAAGCCAAUUUUUAUUGGCUAUAGGUCAGAAGCAAGCGCCGCCCCUUUACUUAUAAAAACCGUCACGAUCAACAAAAAGGAUCAAACCUGAAACAAAAAACUCAAGCGGAUUAAAGGAAGCAGCUGGAUGUUAAUCAUGUUGUGAGAGUGCACGCGCCGUGCACGUUCUCACUGCUGCACCUUCUUCUCAACAUACUCUGUAGCAGCUGGUGUGCAUGCAGACAUGGUAGUUUUUGUGAGCACGCAUGCAGACGAGUGGACCGGAACCGGUUCAGAUCGCCUGAUCAGACUAGAGAAAUGAUCCCACAUCACAUCCUGAAGAAGGUUCCCACUUUGUCACCGUCUGCCAACUUCCUGUUUCUUCACCGCAGUGAAGCCCAUUUUAUGGUGAACUAAACUGGUUCCUGAAGGUUUAAUUGCAGCGUUUCCCUCCUCAGAAGGCAGACAGCCGCUGCCUUCAGGCCUGGAAAACAGCGUAGCGUUAAAGUUAGAGGUCUUGCAGGAGUAUUGCAGAUCCUGUCUGUGGUCUUGAGUGAUUCUGACGCCUAAUUUCAAAUGCACAGUUUCCUUUUUGUUGUGCCUUCUGCUUCAAAGAGUCACUUUUUGAAAAAUAUUGCCCCUGAAUAACAGCAGAGUUGGAGUCAUCCAGGUGUGUUGACGAUGCAGGUUGUAAUAUCAGAACACUGAAGUAUCUGAAUCAACAAAAUGAAAAAAAGGCUUCAAUAAAGAAGAAUGAUGUUUUGAUGUUGGAGCAAAUUCCUUCUCUGUUCUGGAAAAUAAAGUUAUGUUGAACACUGA